AUGAAAUCAGGAGAGCACCGUGAUAGAAUAGCCAAAAGAGAAAGAGUUAUAGGGUUUGAGAUGGAGGGUGCCGGAAUCUGGGACAACAUGACAUGCAUCAUCAUUGAAGGCGUAUGUAAUUACACAGACAGUCAUAAGAAUAAACAGUGUGAUCAGUACGUUGAGGAGAUCACGCCAGAGGAGCACGAAAGGAAAUUUUCCACCCGAGCUUGUAAUUCGGUCAGCAGAGAGGCACUUACUGCUGUUCUCAAGGCGAACUUUCGAAACUACGGACCUGCUGCCGAUACGAUAGACAAAGGACCAGGCUGUUGCAAUGUCUAUGGUUUUCACACUAGAGGAAACUCAGAACAACUUUUGACCAACUUGCAAGACAACUUGCCCAGGGUCCACACAAUCAGCAAUUCAAUGUCCGGCUUGUGGCGCUGUCUUUCAGCGUAUCCUCGUCGUAACGGACGGAAAUCAGGACCCUGCAAAGCCUCGACACGUUUGGAUGCAUACUCCGAGACACCUGAUUCCAUGUCUUCUACCAGAGAGCAGUUAAAAAGGCUUCUAUCCCCAUACUUCCCGAGACCGGAAACAGAGCAAGAAAACAUGGAUGAAUCAUUUCUUUGUUCAGAAAUUUGGUCCAAAAGCUAUGAUGUAAUAUUGAAGCCUGGACAUGGUAUUAUAACGAUCACCCUCGAGAACAAAGAAGGGAAUGACACUGUGAUCGUCGAACCCUACCAAGAAAAGGAUCUUGGAUUGUUUGUAAGACCUAUUGGAUUAGAGGGCGAUGUGUUGAGGUGGGAGACUGAACCAAAAUUUUCAUGGGCACAAGGGCCCAGCGACUAUUCUGGGAAUAUCGGUAUUCGGAACUUCAGCUUCGAAUUCAGGAAAGACCUGCAAAUACUCUGA